AUGAUAGUCCUGACCAAGCGAUUUACUAAGGUCUUCAAGCUGUCCCUGGUGGCAGCCUUGUUCUGUGUGGCGUUUGUUUUGUCGAGUAAGUACGUUGACAGAGACAUGGCUUCCCUAGAAUACCGCAAAUAUCUUCAAGAAUACAUCGACACCUAUACGGGGACAGUUGGCAGUCAAAAUGAUGAUGGGGGAGGCACAAAAUUGGGAAAGUCUUACGAGGGAGGAGAUGUAGCCGAUGGAGAUAUGGGGUCUCGUGGUAAGGAAUUGGUUUCGGGUGAUACAAUGAAGCCAACCGGUGAGUCUGCACGGGAUCAGAAACGUAGGGAGAACUUGCAGAAGUUUUAUAAGCAGGUAUUCCAUAGUUUGAGAAUGAACUCUCCUAUGGGCAAAUCCGAACGUCAGUACGACCCUCGUUGUAAACUCAAUGGUGACAUUGGUGCACGUACGGAUGACUAUGAAAACUGGUCAAAGCUAACCAGUAAAAACCUUGGAGAAUGUUUGAUUCUUUCCAACAAAGAGAAAUCCUUGCUAAAAAAUAAGCACGACGAUUUUGUGGAAAGUCUGCGGCCUCUGGUACUACCUAAAGGGACCUACAAGGGCGACGGGAUCGUCACCGUGGGGGGUGGGAAGUUCUCUGUAUUAUCAUUUUUGAUCAUCAAAACCCUGCGAAACCUGGGAACAACGUUGCCUGUUGAAGUCUUUAUCCCCCCUAAGGAUGAAGGUGAAACUGAAUUCUGUAAUACACUCUUGCCGAAGUACAAUGCAAAAUGUAUCUACAUCUCAGAUGUGUUACCAAAGGAUGUCAUUGACAACUUUGAUUUCAAAGGCUACCAAUUCAAGUCUAUUUCAAUCAUUGCGUCUAGCUUCGAAAACUUGCUGCUUUUGGAUGCGGACAAUUUCCCCAUCAAGGAUUUAGACAACGUCUUUGACGAAGAACCAUAUAAGAGUACUGGUAUGGUCCUAUGGCCAGAUUUUUGGAGGCGCACUACUAAUCCAGCCUACUAUGAGAUCGCCGACAUUUCGGUUAAUUACAAAAAAAGAGUAAGAAACUGUAUGGAUGAUGUCACUCCCCCUCGAGCGUAUACCGAAGAUAUUAGCGAUUUAUCUGAUGUUCCUCUACAUGAUCUAGAAUACACAAUUCCAGAUGUGUCCACAGAGUCUGGUCAGCUAAUGAUCAGCAAGUCUAAGCAUUUACCUACCGUAUUGUUGUCCUUAUAUUACAAUGUUAACGGACCAUCGUGGUACUAUCCAAUAUUCUCCCAAAAGGCUUCCGGUGAAGGCGACAAAGAAACAUUUAUUGCCGCUGCCAACUUUUAUGGUCUGUCUUCUUAUCAAGUCAAAUCAAUGACAGCUGUAGACGGUUAUCAUCACUCUGAAGGCUUCCGUGGCGUGGCAAUGUUGCAGCACGAUUUUGUCCAAGAUUAUCAGCGUUACCAGUGGGCAACAAAUGAUAUUCACACCCAGUAUUCUGGCGUGGCUCCUCAGUACUUGAAGCUAGACUCAGAGUACUCACCUGAAGCAUUUUACAAAAAAUACUUCGAGCCUGAAGAUCUCAAAGAGGUUGAUAUUAUGUUUGUGCAUUCAAAUCUGCCUAAAUUUGAUCCUUUUACGCUUUGGUCGGACCAAGACCUUAUUGUGAAUGGGGAACACAUUCGGUCCUACACUAAUUUGAAGCGGCUAAAUGGUUAUGAUUUAGAGUUGGAAAAUUUCCGUGCACUUAACGAGUAUUUGUGUGUGCAAAGAUCUCAAUUCAAAUACUUAGAAAAUGAAUUGGGUGACGACCCCAAGAAAUGGAACAGCAUGUGCAAGUACAUUAAAGACAGGCUUAAGUUUUUGGAACGUACACAUGUAGAUGCAGUUCAAGGAUAG